AUGUACGCAUCGCCUUCAAGAGGGAAAACAUUAUUAUUAUUAUUAUUAUUAUUAUUAUUAUUAUUAUUAUUAUUAUUAUUAUUAUUAUUAUUAUUAUUAUUAUUAUUAUUAUUAUUAUUAUUAUUAUUAUUAUUAUUAUUAUUAUUAUUAUUAUUAUUAUUAUUAUUAUUAUUAUUAUUAUUAUUAUUAUUAUUAUUAUUAUUAUUAUUAUUAUUAUUAUUAUUAUUAUUAUUAUUAUUAUUAUUAUUACUAUUAUUAUUAUUAUUAUUAUUAUUAUUAUUAUUAUUAUUAUUAUUAUUAUUAUUAUUAUUAUUAUUAUUACUAUUAUUAUUAUUACUAUUAUUGUCGUUGAUCGUCGAGACGGCACUUGUUUUCACUUCCGAUCACUACCGAGGGUUACCGUUGUCAUCUCCACCUUGUACGUUUACUAUUCGGAGUUCUACUGGAACAGAUCUCUUGGUAUCAGUUACCACGUCGUCGUCUAUUUCACUUCGUAGACCGCUCAGUUCCAGAGAUCUUGUGAUUCGUGACGAGCAACGCGUAUUCAUCGCUAAUCGAGAUCCAAAGACUUAUCGGCUCUUCUCCAGUCCAAUAACUGUGGAAAUGCCAUUGAGUUUGAGUUUCCGAGCAGUGGUAGUGGUUUCUGCUGUGGCCGAAUGUGAUCAGCACACAUUUCGAUGCGGAAAUCCUUGUGAUUUUGGAGUAUCACAGAAAGUCGAAGACAGAACCGUUAGAGCACCAAAAGAAGAGAUUUGUCGUCUACCGACGUACCAGUCCGAGCUCUACAGUCGACGUCAAAGUCUUCCUGUUCCACCUACUGCAAUCCGUUCAGGACGUCUUAAAUGGAAAAGAACAUCAGUUGGAGCUAAAUAA